UCUACUGUUUACUCUUGGUUAAAAGGGUCUUUUGUGAAUGUACAGUGAAUGACUUGGAUGUUAUUUCUACUGUGACUACGUUCACUAGGCAAAGUUAAAGGAAUUGCUCAAAAAUGCCGAGUCAAGAGGUUGUAACUACGAAAGUAGUGGUGCACCCUUUAGUUUUAUUAAGUGUGGUGGACCAUUUUAAUCGUAUGGGAAAAAUUGGCAAUCAGAAAAGAGUUGUUGGUGUUCUUUUAGGAUGUUGGAGGGCUAAAGGCGUUCUUGACGUAUCAAACAGUUUUGCAGUACCUUUUGAUGAAGAUGAUAAGGACAAAAGUGUAUGGUUCCUCGAUCAUGAUUAUCUUGAAAACAUGUAUGGAAUGUUUAAAAAAGUUAAUGCCCGUGAAAAGGUAGUAGGAUGGUAUCAUACUGGUCCCAAAUUACAUCAAAAUGAUGUUGCAAUUAAUGAAUUGAUUAGGAGAUAUUGUCCUAAUUCGGUUUUGGUCAUUAUUGAUGCUAAACCCAAAGAUCUUGGCCUUCCAACAGAAGCAUAUCAAGCUGUUGAAGAAGUUCACGAUGAUGGUUCUCCAACAUCUAAAACAUUUGAACACAUCCCUAGUGAAAUUGGUGCAGAGGAAGCAGAGGAAGUAGGUGUGGAACACCUACUAAGAGAUAUAAAGGAUACCACAGUUGGUACUCUUAGUCAAAGAAUUACAAAUCAACUACUAGGUUUAAAAGGUCUUCACGAACAAAUUAGAGAAAUUAGAGAUUAUUUGCUACAAGUUGGUAGUGGUAAAUUACCUAUCAAUCAUCAGAUUGUUUAUCAACUCCAAGAUAUUUUUAAUUUACUACCCGAUAUGACACAGAGUAGCUUUGUUGAUUCACUGUAUGUGAAAACGAAUGAUCAAAUGUUGGUUGUGUAUCUUGCUGCUCUUGUUAGAUCCAUAGUGGCUUUACACAACUUGAUCAAUAAUAAAUUAACCAAUCGCGACGCUGAAAAAAAAGAAACCGAUAAAAAAGAGACAAAAAAGGAUGAGAAGAAAGAAGAAGAAAAAAAGGACGAGAAAGAUAAAAUAAAAAAUAAAAGUCAGUGAAUAAAGUGAAAUUGAGACUAAUUUGUGUGAUUGAAACUGUUAACAUUGCAAAGAAGUUCACAAAAUUUGCAAAAUUUGUUCAUACAUGUACAAAUGAAUUUUGUGCUUACAAACGAUUUCAAAAUAACACCAAAAUAAUUCGGAUGCAUCCUUGUUCUUAAAGUGUUCUACCAUAAUAUGAUACAUACAUUAAAUAAAAGAUAUGAUAGUAAAAACGCAGUUACACAUUUCCAUCAUCAUUUAUAGUAAAACACGAAUUAUAAUAAAUACAUUGCACAAUUAAUAAAAAUUUUAAUAUCAAACAACGUUUACGAGGCAUAAUACAAUUGUGUCCAUUAUGUUUAAUUCAAAUGAGAAAAAAAAUCGUGUUCACUAAUCGUUUUUUUUGUUUCAUAUUAGGAAUGAGAAACUGCUUCAAACUAUUUAUAACUUUUAUAUAAUGUAUCGAUAUCGAUAAGAAAAAUUCAUAAUUUCUUCAUAAACUAAUAUCAUUCAAUUGUCGUUCGAAGUACGUUGAAAUAUGUCGAUGUUUUCUAUAUUAUCUGAAAGUAGCAGAUAAGAUUAAGAUUAUAAGAUGCAAUUCUUAGGUAUUACAAACAUAUUUUCUAGAGAACCUGAGCUUUCUUAUCAAUACUGCGUUAUUAAUAAAAAAAUUGAUCAUUCGAA